UGCUGGAGAUGGAGAAGACACCUAGAGGACACCGCCUAUGGCCGCCACCUACGGCCACCCUCCUGGUUCUUUUCUACCUCUUUGUUGCUACCUUUGCUGCCUUUACCCCACCUGAUAAUUACCUUCUCAAUUGUGGUGCAUCGUCCUCCACCGCCCUCUCGAAUGAUCGCAUUUUCGUGAGUGAUUCAGAUGCAAGAAAAUAUUUAGCCUAUAAAGGAAAAGACAUUCAAGUUUCUGUACCAUCUGCCAAUGUACCUUCACCCAUUUAUCUUUCGGCGAAAAUCUUUGAAAAGGAACCCGCGGUUUAUACCUUCCAUGUUACUCGGCCGGGUUGGCAUUGGAUUCGUCUCCAUUUCUUCCCGGUGCAGAACAGUAAUCAUGAUUUGCAGAAUGCCAUGUUUAAGAUUCAGACAGAUGAACUUGUCCUUGUACAAGAAUUCAAGAACAAUGAAAACCCGAAAUGGACUUUUAAAGAGUACCUUGUUAAUGUGACAACAGAGAGGUUUUCGAUUAGAUUUGUGCCGGAUACAGAUAGUUUUGCUUUCAUUAAUGCCAUUGAGUUUGUUUCAGCCCCUGAUAUGCUGAUUCAAGAUUCUGGUUCAAUGCUUUUCCCUAAAGGAGAUUAUUCCGGUUUAAGCAAAAACGCAUUCCAAACUGUGUAUAGGCUUAAUGUUGGAGGGCCGAUCAUCACCCCGGAAAAUGACACCCUUGGAAGAUCUUGGGAGUCUGACCAUCAGUACCUUGAUCCAGGUGUUACUGCAUCGAAUAUUUCCGUUGCACCUAACAUAAUUGCUUAUCCGGAGGGCGAGUCACCUUUCAUUGCUCCACCGGUGGUUUACGCAUCAGCCAUUGAAAUGGCGGAUGCCAAUGUUCAGGUUCCUAAUUUCAAUAUUACAUGGAAAAUGGACAUUGAUACUGCAUUUACUUACCUUGUUCGUCUGCACUUUUGUGACAUUGUGAGCAAAUCUAUGAAUGAUCUCUACUUUAAUGUGUAUAUCAAUGGGAAGGCUGGCGUGACGGGGCUCGACUUGAGUACUCUUACAGGGAGCUUGGCAUCGGCUUACUAUACUGAUAUCGUCGUGAAUUCUUCCAUGGUUACGAGCCUUAGCCCGCUGACUGUUCAGGUUGGUCCAAUGAAUGAAAACACAGGCACGAGAAAUGCGCUGUUGAACGGUCUUGAGGUUUUCAGGGUGAACAAUUCCGUUGGUAGCCUAGAAGGCGAGUUUGGUGCUGAUGGAAAAACAUCCAAUGGAGCGGGAAAAGGCACGGUGGCUGCAGUUGGGUUUGCAAUGAUGUUCGGAGCUUUUGUUGGAUUAGGUGCAAUGGCUGUCAAAUGGCAAAAGAGGCCUCAAGAUUGGCAGAAGACAAAAAGUUUCUCUUCUUGGUUACUUCCCCUUCAUGCCACUGAUUCAAGCUUUAUGUCCAACAGUAAGACGUCUUUAGGUUCUCGAAAAAGUCAGUUCUUUUCAUCGACUAUGGGAUUAGGCCGAUACUUUUCGUUUGCUGAACUCCAGGAAGCGACCCAGAAUUGGGAUCCAUCUGCAAUCAUUGGUGUUGGUGGUUUUGGCAAUGUCUAUCUUGGAGAAAUCGAAGAUGGAUUGAAAAUAGCCGUGAAACGAGGCAACCCCCAAUCCGAACAAGGCAUUAAUGAAUUCCAUACCGAGAUUCAGAUGUUAUCCAAACUCAGGCAUCGUCAUUUAGUGUCCUUGAUUGGAUACUGUGAUGAAAAUUCGGAAAUGAUCCUCGUGUAUGAAUAUAUGUCGAAUGGACCUCUCCGGGAUCACCUCUAUGGAAAGGACUUACCAUCCCUUUCUUGGAAGCAAAGGCUUGAAAUCUGCAUUGGGGCAGCGCGUGGGCUGCAUUACUUGCACACAGGCGCGGCACAGGGCAUCAUUCAUCGUGAUGUCAAGUCCACAAACAUCUUGCUCGAUGACAAUUUCAUUGCAAAAAUGGCUGAUUUUGGCCUUUCCAAAAACGCUCCAACAUCAGAACAAAAUUAUGUAAGCACAGCCGUGAAAGGGAGUUUUGGAUACUUGGAUCCCGAAUACUUCAGAAAACAACAACUUACUGAUAAAUCCGAUGUGUACUCAUUUGGGGUCGUUCUUUUGGAGGCUCUGUGUGCUCGUCCUGCCAUUAAUCCAGCAUUGCCAAGAGAGCAAGUGAACUUAGCAGAAUGGGCAAUGCAGUGGAAGCGAAAAGGCCUACUUGACAAGAUUAUUGAUCCUACACUUGUUGGACACAUCAAUCCCGAGUCAAUGAUGAAAUUUGCUGGAGCUGCAGAGAAAUGUUUGGCAGAUUAUGGUGUCGACAGACCUACCAUGGGGGACGUAUUGUGGAAUUUAGAGUACGCUUUGCAACUGCAAGAAGCAUCCUCUAUAGGAAAGGCCGAGGAAGAAAAUCAGACAUCCCCAAAUUUGGCAUCUCCUCCUCCUGCUGCUGCUUCUGCAUCCGAUAAUAGGCCAGCUUCUACAGCUGAUGAGAAUAGGAAUCCUGCUGAAGUUCAAGCCAUCAACAAUCACUCUGAAACUGCUAUGCGUGCAAAUUUCUCUGCUCUCAGUGGCCGAUAAAGCAAUAUUAGCUCGUCUGAUAAGUCGGACUGUACAUAACUACAUAGUAUCCAACAUUGAAGAAGAGGGAGGAAUAAGCUAAAAUCUUGUUCAUUCUACGAUCCAAUUAUACCUAGAGAUCUCGAUUCUCAUCAAUUAGUACAUUUUUGUUUUAUCGUAGGUAUAAUCUACUUUUCCUCACAUGUGGUAUAUUGUUUGUAUGGAUAUUGUUGUUACAUUGUAUAUUAUUUAUAAGCAUAAAUUUGUAUCUAUUAAUUAGGUGAAAAUCAUGGGAUAUAUGAGCUUUGUCACUUUGAUUGUAUUAAAGAUCUUGGUUGUUAUUGUAGAGGGUAUGACUCUACAUGAGCACGAGUAUUAUUUCUUGUAA